AUUCGUGGGUGAAUAAUAUGAAUAAAAAUAUGGAAUACGUUGUGUUACUAAGUGCAGCAUUAUUGAUAACGAGAAAUGUAGAUGCACAAACUGAAUUUGAUACAAGGAAUAUAGCAAAUGGUGAAUACUCAUACAUGUAUGAUGACGAUUUCCAAAGUAAAAGCGAGACUGCUAAGCAUGAUGACCAAGGUGACCUGAAAGUCAAGGGUCAGUACAAAUAUGUAGUUGACAACAAACAGUACACGAUAACCUACACGAGUGACAAAGACGGCUAUAAUGCAAAAGUUGCCGUCGUGGAUUUAUCACAAUCAAAGUAUAAUGAAGAUGAUAUCAGCGACCGCUUCGGCUCAGAGAUGGUAUUGGCUUCACUUGUCGGCAAAUGAUCGAAAUUGUAAAAAAUACUGGAUAUCGAUGGAUUUAAACACAACACUUCACCUCUCUAACCUUUCAUAUAAGAUUUACUAACUCAUAGGUAGGUACGUAAACGUAUGUAACCCAUGCGGUAGAAUGUUACUGUUAAUAAAUAAAUAUCUUUGGACAAUCUCACACAGCGCCAUCUAGCCCCAAAGUAAGCAAUUAAUAUGCUUGUGUUAUGGGUGCUAGCUUAACGGAUAUACUACUUACUUUUUUUUUUUAAAUACAUACAUAUUAUACAUAGUAACACCCAGACCCGUCACAGAAAUUAAAAUUCAUCAUUUUAAAUUUCUGCCCGGCCGGGAAUCGAACCCGGGACCUCUCGGCAUAGUAGUCCGUUCUGAACCGCUACACCAAACGGCCGACUACGACGUUAAUGAUGAAUGAGUUGAAUCAAUGUUUUAAGAAAUAAAAAAAAUUGCCACCAUUUAAAAAAUUAUUCAAAAAUGGUCUCAUCUACUUCAACAAAGUGUACAACAUUAUUUGUUCUAUGAGUUUUAACGUAACUCAAUGCCUACAUUAGCAGUUUCAACAUUAAAUACUUAUACGUUAGAAGUCUCAUUUAUAAACGAAAUUAUUAAAUAACCCUGUAUUUUAUAAUUCGAAUAACAAUAC